GGGGGGGGCAAAUAUAUUUUUCUGAUAAAUGCUGGUGCUUUCUGGUGAUUUGGAAGGCCACAGUUUCAUGCCACUGUGCACCAGACCUUAAAAGAAAUUAAAUGAAUUGACUACAGGGUUGAAAGAAGUCUUCAAUUACAAAAUUUAGGUAAAUAAACUUAAGAAAAUAUGUUCAAAGAUGAUAUCAUCUGAUUUUCAGCUGAUGAAUGCAAUUGCUGAUGUUGAAUCUGAAUCAUCUCAGUCCCAAGAUACAGAAUCAGCUUUCAGCAUAAAAGAUGAAAAUGCUUCUGACUUUAAUCAGAUUGAUGAUGAUUCUCAGGAAGGUCCCAAGCCCUUGAAUUUUCAGACAAAAACAGUUAAAGGCGAAACAUUCUAUCUUGUUCCUGAGUUUCUUGUCAAGUUUGUCCCAACAUAUCCAGUUGAAGAGCAUUACCUUGAAGGAGUAGGUGCUGUAGAAGUUGGAGAAAGAUUUACAUACAUUCAAACAGAUCUACUGAUUCAACUCACCGAGACAGUUUCCCAAAGUGUUGACUUGCAGGCAGAAGUAAAACUUCUCAGAGAACAUUUGUGGUCAAGAUAUGGGAAAAGUGAUGAGCUGCCUCCAUUUGAUCCUGAAGCAUUGCAAACUGUCGCCAUUUCAGCAGGUGCUAACAAAUUGUUUUCUGUCAUAUUGAAUGCUAUGUCGUCAGAAGACAAACCUGUGCAUAGACAAGCCUUGAACAAGAAAAAAGCUGUCACAAUAAUCUAUAUGCUGAUGUUUGGCCAAUCUCAAAAAGCAAGCUGGUAUCAAAAAGUUAUGUCAAACAUGGUUGUUGGGAAAGGAAUAAGUGAAGGGGGGCUAUCAGUGCUGCAUAAAAGUGGCAUAGCAGUGUCAAAGUCAACACAACGCAGAGACUUUUACAAGAUUGCUGAGAGUCAUGAGUCACUUGUGAAGGACUUCAUUGCUGAUGCUAUUGAAAGGAAAGCACUUUUAAUCCUCAUGAUUGACGACUUUACUAACAUCCAUACAAAGAGGAGGCCAACUGAUCACAUUACAUCAAAAGCAAGGAACAUGGCAACAAUACUGAUGAAGCGGUUCUGUGAUGGCUCUGCUAUUCCAGUUGACCAACAUGUAGUAAACCCAGAUGGUAUUUGUCAAGAUAUGUUGCUCGAUUUCACCACAAAGAUGCUCUCAUCUCUUUCAACAACAUUUGCAUCAUCAAUGCCAUACUGGAUAAGAACAGCAUUCUUUGAUCCUGAAAUGGAAAGAUCAAGAAUUGAGAUCCACGAUUACCAAGAACAUCAGACAGGAGAACGAGCAAUGAGAAAGAUGGAUGGCUGCAAACUAAUCGAUGAGCUUGAAAUCCCACUAAAAGGUUUUCACAAUUUCCGUCAAGCAGCAUGUCAUGCCAUUGAUAAUGGACUGGAUUCGUACCUUUCAAAUUUCAUAUGUCCCCAGCCAGGAGACUGGCCUGCCCAGUUUUACAUGAGGCAAGUACAACUACAUGCAAAAGAAUCUGACAGUUGUCCAUUUCUUCAACAUAUAGUUCCUUUCAUCGGUCCUCUGCAUAUCCAACUUAAUGCUAGAGAAUGUGUUUGUCUCCUUAAUAUUGAAUUUUUUAAGAAGGCAUAUACUUACAUCUUUGGUGAAAAUAAAGUUCUUGCCAAUAAGCCACAGGCAUGGAGGAUUUCUUUUCUUCUUGAGGUCUUGUAUGGUGGUUGGACUUUGAUAAGGGAUCAGAUUAUUGUUGCAUUUUCAAAUUGCAAAGAUAUCCAGUAUCUAACCUUACUCAAUCUACUUGACAAUUAUAUUCCUCUUGUCCUUUCCAUCUACUCUGUGAUCUUCAAAAGUGGGAAUACUGAAAUGUUUGCUAGCUCUCUGUUUCGGUGUUGGGUAAUGUUCUUCUGUUAUAAAAGACACCAUUAUGACAAAGCUCCAUUGGUGUGGCUGAGCAAUUUCUUGUAUUGGAAGUCUAUAGAUCAUCCACUUUAUCACACACUGAUGAAUAUGCUCAAUGCUUUUGACGAAUACCCUGUUGAGAAUUUUCAUUCACACCUUCGUGCUGAGACUCAAGACCAUGACUGUGGUGAUAUGCUUCGGAAGAAAGCCAAAGGGCUAGACAGCAGGAAAGAUGCAUCAUUGAGUUUCGUAUCAACAUUUGUUGUGCCAAAGAAGUACACAUUUAAGAGAGGAAGACUUGAGCAGUUGAAAAUGGUAGCAGCAAAGUUUUUAAUCACAGUUCUGGAAGACAUCAAAGAUCAUCCCAACAAUGCAUCAGAAGUACCAAGACCUAGAGGGAAGAAAAAGAAUUUCAGUUAUUGGAAAUUGCCACAGAUCUAUGGAGAAGAAAAUGUUGUUGCCUCAAAGGUUCUACCAUUGGGAUUUCAGUUUCCAGGAAAGGAGCCAAAUGCAUCCAGGUCUGUGUAAUUACUUUUUGUUUUAACUAAGAUAAGGCAUCUUGGUCAGGGGAUUCACUUAUUGCAGGUAAAGGAUGAAGUUUUUUUCUUUUUUUGACACAGGAAUUGUGAGGUUAACCCCUGGAUUUCUGGGAUGUCAUUGUAGAGGUGUCAUUUUUGUAAAAGUAGCAAUUCCCUUCAUUUAUACUUUGGGGUAUAACCAACUCAGGUCCCCUAUAAAUACGCCCUUGACCAACUACAUUUUAUUCUUCUCACUUUAAGACAACAUAAUCAAUAUAGAAUAUACCUUUAAACAAUACUUAACCUUUUGAAAUAUCUUUUUAUAGGAAAUGUGAUAGGCCAGAUUGCUCAGAUGUGUUCCAAGAAUUCCAUAUUUUCCAUGGCUGCGGACAUUCCUUUCACACAAGCUGUCUAAAUUCUGGAAAAAUGGUAUGCUUGAUUUGCUCAAAAGAACUUGCAAAUUCGAUGAAGGUGCUCUCCGAGAAAGCUUGCGAUGGACUACGCCAUCAUGAAGAUGACGAUGACGGUAUUGUUGCCAAUGAAAUUGAUGCCAACUGUGGUGACGAUGAGGAUGAGGAGAGUGGAGUUGAGGAAUUAGAGAAACAAGAGCCUCGCAUCAGCUGUACACUUCUUCGAUUAAAGCAGCAAAUCUUCAGCUGGGGCCUUAUUCCCGGCCCAAAAUGAAAGGGAACACACACAUAGUAGUUGUGCCAUCGACGAAUAAAACGGUUUUUUUAAAAACCACCAUCAAUGCCGAUUAGACAAUAUCCACGUCAACACACACGAUAAUAUAGUGUAAACAAGCCGUAAAAAGCCACAACCGCACUUAUUGAAUCCCACUAAUUAUGAUCAAAGCGAGUACACUGAACACACACCAAACAGCAUGCUUGCGCGCAUCAUAUGGUCUCUCCUCCCUAAUUGGGGGGAUCAUUUGGGAAAAAAUUUACUGAGCACAAAGGAAAGUUAUCAGACACUCGAUUUUUAAAAUCAUAGAUCAUUUUCAACACUCUUUAGACGAUUAAUUUUUUUCUGGGGAAUCGUAAAAACGUGCAAAUACACUUUACACGAUUGAUCUUUUUCUUUGCAAUCGUAAAAACGUGUAAAUAAGGCCCAAGUCAAGAUUCGAGGCACGUUUCCCGCCCUUUUUUAUCAUCGCGUCAGCUUCUGCAUUGCGAUAGCCUUUUCAGCAGUGGACUGGCAGUGGACAUGAGUUUCUCGUUGGUUUUACAAGUAUUUAAAAGAAAUAUAUGAAGUAACUGAGUGCAAAAAGUAAUUAUGAAGAAGUUGAAAAUAAGUUUAAGCGGAUUACAUUAGUUGAGAUGCUGAUGCUAAUACGAUUUUACGAGAUAGAAGAGCUGCAUAUUGUUUUGGUAAAAUGUAGCGUUUUUCCACGUAAGUUUCAUAGACAUUCAUGCCGAUAUGCAAAGAUAUUGCCAUGUAUUUGUUAUGGUGAGUUCUAAUUUGUUGAUUACGUAGAUAAAAUAGAUUUUAACAUUCAAGCAGUGUGAAUUUUCAAACUUCUUUCGCUGUCAUUGGGGGGAUGGUGAACUGCUAACUUCAAGCCUUCGUAACUGACGAUCGCGGAAAAUUUUUAACUGAGUACAACGGCAGUUUUUUUCUAAAUUUACCAAAGACUAAAUUUUUAAAAAAAAAUUUAGGUUAUCUUGCAACAAAUUUUACACGUUUAUUUUUUUGUGGGUAGUGGUAAAAACGUCCAAAAUAGGCCUAAAUCUAGCUGCGAGGCACGUUUGUUGUCGUAUUCUUGAAUUCUGAUUGGCUAAAGGGCUAUGGAGAAUUUGAAUGUAAUCAGAACUCUUAGCCAAUCAAAGAUUUGGAACCUAUGCUGGCCUUAGAUAAAUUUAAAGUGGAUUUUCUUUUAUUUGUUAUUGAGAGCUUUUGAAUUCGCUUUUCAGCUCUCUUUCCAAUUAGUUCCCAUGAUAUUAGCAGGCUUCCAUAGCAAAAUUUGUUUUUAGAGCGAAACCAGUCUCCAAGACCGUCUUCAUUUCCCCCAGGUAAGGGGCAAACUGUUGAUGUAAAAAAUAUCAUAGAUCAUAG